GUCGUGAACGAAAGAGAAGGAGUCGAAAAGGAGUCCAUCAGCGGGUCGUUCGCACGAACGCAGGGUCGUUCGCGAGCACGAACCGAAACACGGCCGGGCUGCGUCGGCGUCGGCGUGGCGGUGGCGCGGCGGCUAGGUUCGCGUCGCGGCGCCUCGCGUCAGCGUCGCUGAGACCGUCGAGGACGGAGGCAACGGCAGCGGUGGCCAAACGCAUCGCGUCAUCCGCCAUAUUGGCCGCGAGGAAAAACCCGUUCAAACGAGCGCGUGAGAAGGGAAAGGGACGAAAGUCGAGGGCCGCUCUCUCGCGUAGACCUUCGCCAGAGGCCCCUUCGAGGCCGAUCGUGGGGGUGAGAAACGAGGGCGUGCGUAGCGAGGGAGAGCUGUGCGUGGCCGAUCUCCGCGCGCGCGCGCGUGUGUGUGUAUACGUGUUUGCGCGUGUAUGCGUGGCUCUCUCUACAUGUGCGAGAACCGCCGAGGGUGGUAGUGGUGGUAGCGGUAGUGGUGGUGGAGAGAAGGAAGAGGGCAAUCGGAUACAUACGCGCCGUGAGAUACGCCUCGAACGUUUUCCACCGCCGCUGCACGGUGGAAACGAACACUUUAGGGUGAAAGACGGGCCGUUGAGUGGGACAGGGACGGACAGGGAGGGGAGGAGGGGUUGAGGGGGAGAGGGGAACGAAGAGAGACGGCAGCGGAAGGAAGAGAGAGGCUGGAAGGAAGUAGAGUGUUUCUCUGUGCGCGUGAGUGUGCGUAUGCGUGUAUGUAUGUGUGCGUGCGUGCGUGAUAGUGGCUGGGAAAGUGCGAAGCGUAAAAAGUGUCCCCGUGCCUCGGGCUGAUGAAACGCUGUGGUGCGGUGGCUGCUACGUAGUGUAACCACCCUUGGCCUACACCCCCAUCCGGUUCGAAGGAACUCGAUCUCACCCCCUCCUGUUUUUUUCUUUUUUUUUUCUUUUUCUUUUUCUUUUUUCUUUUUUCGCAUCUUCGUUUCCUCUUCGUCCCCUCCGUUCGUCCACACCGAGUCCCCCGCGACGCGGGACGUUAUCUCGUGGGGGUCUUCUCGAGUGUCUGUUUUCCGUCUAGUUUCGCACGAGCGGUAUCAAUGAACAGAACACGCGUGCACGGGUUCAGUGACAUGGUUGGUCGAGCCCGUUAGCCGCCAAUCGAUUCGACCGGUUGAACAAACUUAUCGCGGAUCAUCGGGGAGAGAGGGAAUUUCGGAUUCGAAAGUUCCGGUUUAUAUUCCGUGGCGUGAACGAGGAGAGGUUGGAACGUUAGCAGGUUAGCUGGUCGGUAUCCAACGUGACAGCGCCGUGGGCUCGUCUCUCCCUCUGGUCUCGACUUCUGCCAAUCAAUAACCAGCGCGCACCGACUCGUUCGCGCUCUGCUCUCUUUCUCUCUCUCUCUCUCUUUCUCUCUUUCUCCUCUCUCUGUCUCCCUUCCUCUCCCUCCUCUCUCUCUCUCUCUCGCUAAUUCUAUCCGUUUCCCUCGUUCUCUCCGUGUAAACCCAAUCCUUUGCUUCGCCCGAGACGAGACGAGACGAGAUCAGCUCGAUUCGUACGUGGCUCCUCGAGAAAAUAACGCGUGGUUAUUAUUACUAUUAUUAUUAUUGAGAGAACGGUGAGUGCGUUCGGCCGGACGGCGAUGCCUUCCCGUUUCCCUCUUCCGUCCGAUUCUCGCCGUCGUCCCUCCCUCCCCCCUCGCGCACCGUCCCGCCCCUCUUCCCCCCUCGCUUCCGCUCACUGCUCCUAGCUUCCGCCGCCCUUUCAGUGGCCGGCACGGACCAGGCUCUCGGAGGCUUUCAGCCGCGCGGCUUUAACCCUCUCCUCUCCGUUUGGACGACGACGUCGGUUGCGGCGUACGGGGGACACAAGACGGCGAUCGAGCAACAGAGGCGGCACCGAGUGCACGGGGAUCUGUGGAAGAGCGAGAGUGGCGGCGGCUGCGGUGACAGCGGCGGCGGCGACGGUGGCGGCGGCGGCGGCGGCGGCGUCGUCGUCGUCGUGUCACGAGAGCCGGCUAGGCAGCGGCGUCGCGACGGGAACGGAGAGAGGACGGCAGGCAGAGGCGGCGGCGGCGGUGGCGGCGGUGGCGCUCUUCUAGCUGCUGGCCGCGCCAGCGCCCUGCACGCAGCCACCUUCAAACGCAGCCACGAAACCUAUUUAUACUCCGUCAACGUAGCGGACGACGUAGCGAGAACAGCGCCGUGUUCUGGCCGCCCACGCGAGCAACAGCCCGAACGUACCUCGCGCCGCGACCACGAACCACGAACCACGUCCACAUUCGAUAGAAAGAGGCGACGAGCGGCUCAGAGCGCGACCAGCGGUGAACACACUCGCUCGCCUCAUCCUUGCCUCUCUUUACGUGUUGCUGGCCUCGCCUCCCAAUAAUCGCCAUAACCCGUCGUCGGAUCGUUGGACGUUAACCAGGGAGGAGGAACUGACCGACGACCCGGGGAGGAGUAACGGAAUCUCGACGGAAGCCUCGUUCAUCCAUCCCGUGUACAUCGACGUAUAUAUGUAUAUAUAAUACCCGACGAAACUUUCUCCAACGAAGCAACGACGUUCGAAGAGAAGAGAGACGUUGGCCUGGUUCACGCGCAGAGGAAGAGAAAGAGAAAGAGAAAGAGAGAGAGAGAGAGAGAGAGAGGAAGAGGUUCGUCGAUGGACAGGAACGAAAUCCUCAUGGGGCAGGAUCAAGUUAAGCGGAGGCUGGCUAGCGGCUCGACCGCCACAGCCCACCCAUAGGGGACGCCAUUGAGAGUCUAUCUUUUCCCUCGGCGUGUGAUCGACCGUCGCGCAUCCGCCUUCCCUUCUCGCGUCGUGUGCCGAGCCGAUCUGCGCGCUCCGCGGCUACCACCUCCGCGGCGGUUGCUGCUCUCCACCUCGGUCGGCGGAGCUGCUCCGCUCGCUGGAUGGGGUUGGGUGUCGUCGUCGUCGUCGUCGUGGUGUCGUUGAACGUGGUGUCCCAUCCACGGUGGUGAUCGAGUUUCGAGAAGGUGGACGAGAGAAGGUGCGGGGAGGGGGAACAAAGUCUUCUCCUUUCGAGGAGGUUUCUCGCGCGGCUGGACGGGGCCAGCGGGCGGGAAAUGGCCGGCGGUGGUGUACUGUUAUAAUGCUCGAGGACGAUCCGGUGGGUGGACCGAGGCGCGCCGAUUCGAGCGAUCGUUGUUGCUCAAGCACCGUUCAGGCCACCACCACCACCACCACCACCACCACCACCACCACCACCACCAGCACAACCACCAUCACCACCACCAUCAUCUUCGCCGAGGACAUCCUCGAGGGCAUCGUCUCUGAAGGGAACGGACGCGAGGAGGAAGAGACUGCGAAGAGGAGCAUCUCGAGGGGGCGGUUGUUGUAGCCCCUCGAGCAUAAUUCGGCCCCGGUUCAGUGCGUGUAUGGUGUUGCGCGCGUAUGUGUCCGUCCGUGAGUGCGUGCGAGGAAGAGUGAAAAGCGAAGAGGGGUAGGGGCGAGAGUGGGGGAGGAAGAGUGAUAACAUAAUAAUCGACGACGAGGGGGCCGUGAGGAGCGUGGUGGGAGCAUGCAGGGUUCGGGCGAGGCCCGGAGAGGCCUUAGUCCCGCGGGUGGACCGGGAUAAGGGUAACACGGUCGAUUACCACGCGUCUCGCCUCCUUCGGGGCGAAGCCAGCCGAAGAGGAGAGGAUCACGGUCGGAUUAACGCGUGCUUUGGUCGCGGCCUCGGCCGAGCGAACGUCCCUAAGGCUGAGAUCGCAGGAACGCGGGAAGCGAGCUGGACUCGCUUUCGGGCGCAUGGAACAUGAUAGAGAUGUCGAGCGGAAUCGGUGCAACUGCAAUGGGGAUCGGCGUUAGCCACGGGACAGGGGGUGGCGAGGGUGUCCCCGGUGGGUGCAGGUUGCGCGCCCAGAGCCAAGGCCAGGCGAGCUGCUCCUCUGCCAACUCGCAGCAAUCCUCGCAGCAGCAGCAGCAGCAACAGCAACAACAACAGCAGCCGCCACCCUCGUCGCAGCAGCCGCAGCAGCAACAGCAACGCCAGCCCUCGGGGAUCAUGGGCCGAUCGAAGAAGGAAAACUGUUGUUGGUGGUGCUGUUGUUGUAGUUGCUCGUGGGAUAAAUGUUUGGAGGCGGUUGGCGGGAGCACGGGGGGCGCAGGAGGCGCGGGCGAUCAGGGGAAGAAGAAGGGGAACGCGGGCGUCGGGGAGCACGGUUUUGGAAGCGAGUUGUGCGACGCGGGUAACGGGCUCGAGGGCCUCGACACGGAGUGCAGCCUCGAGGAGAUCAGGUCGUGGGGCUCGUCCUUCGACAAGCUGAUGAAGAGCCAGGCGGGCCGCAAGUUCUUCAGGGAGUUCCUCCUCAGCGAGUACAGCGAUGAGAAUAUAGCGUUCUGGCUCGCCUGCGAGCAGCUCAAACGCGAGAGCAAUUCCGAGAAGAUCGAGGAGAACGCGAGAUACAUUUACGACCGUUACAUAUCCACAGUCUCGGAGAAAGAGGUGAGCCUGGACUCGCGGGUGCGCGAAAUAGUGAACCGCAACAUGGUGCAACCGACGCCGCACACCUUCGACGAGGCCCAACUGCAGAUCUACACCCUGAUGCAUCGGGACUCGUAUCCCCGUUUCGUGAACAGCGAAUUGUAUCGGCGGGUGGCGAGGCUGGGGUGUAGCGGGGAGGCGGGCAAUCAGGAACAGGGGAAGUCGAAGGCGAGGAAGGGCACCGCCACGUAAUCGUGCGACGAUUAAAAAAACAAAAAACAAAAAAAAAAUAAUAAUAAUAAUAAAAAACAAAGACGAUGGGGUGGCAGCGGACCAACAGCCUCCGUCUCCCAGCGGGUGACCCGGGCCGACAUCGGGGACGCCGCGACGCUGUCAACGCUGGCCGAUGACGACGAAAGCCGGGGGCGAGGAGAGGGGGAGGACAUCGGCGCCAAAGGAUCGAGGAGGAACGAAUCUGGGUGACUCUGAGGUGUCUCGAACCCCUUUCCCCCCCGAAUCUCGUGUAAACGGAAAAGGAAAAAGGAGAGAAAAGAAAAGGGGGGAAAAGAAGAGGAAGAGGAUGAAGAAGAAGAAGAAGAAGAAGAAAGAAGAAGAAGAAAGAAGAUACGGAUCGCGGAGAUCUCGAUCGUUAGAGAUCUUUCGAACCAGGCCUCCCCUUUUGAAAUGGUUUUUUGGGAGGAUUGAAGGAAGGCCAGAGAGGGAGAAGAAAAGCUUCUCGAAAGCGAAACGCUCGCGACUCGCUCUUCCACGCGACGCCACAUCGGGGCCAACGUGCACGAACUUGACGAUGGACUGAAUAAUAAUAAUAAAAAAAAAAAAAAAAAAAAAGAAAAUAAGUAAAUAAAUAAAAAUGAAUAAAUAAAUAAAUAUAAAAAAGUAACUAGACGAAACGAGGAAGGGGAACAGGAAAUGAGAGGAGGAAAAAAAAGGAAGGAGAAGAAGGAGGAAGAGGAGGAGGAAGAGGAGGUGGAACGAGGAGGAAAAGAAGAAUGGACCGCGUAGGAUCGUCGCGUUAGAUCCAUUGAUUCUCUCUUCCUUUCUGGACAAUGUGGUGACAACGUAUACACACAUGUACACACACGCGCACACGUAUACACACGCACGCUCGUUCACGCGUGGCACACGAGAAUAUAGAUCGAGGAAUCGAAACAUGUUACACAUACGCAUAUAUAUACACGCGGGUCGGUCGGGGAUGACGUUCAUCUUUCAAGGAAGUUCCUAAGUUCUUCAUCAGUCUGAUUUCGCGACUGAUCGUCGCCGAUGAUCUCUCUCUCUCUCUCUCUCUCUCUCUCUCUGUCUCUCUCUCUCUUUCUCUCCCUCAUACACUCAAUCCCUCUCUCCUUCUCGCUCGAUAACGAAUCAAUCGUGUCUUCUCUGUCUCUCUCCUCGCUCGAGCUUUCUCCUUUCUCUCUCUCUCUCUCUCUUUCUCUCUUUGUUUCUCUUCACUCCCCUUCGCUUCACAUCCUUUCUCUCUUUCUCGCUCUGCUCUACACCUUUCAUGGGUAUCAAAGAAAAGAUCUCGAGCGUGAGAUCUGGGAGACAUUCGUUUAGAUUGAAUCGUGUAAAGUUCGGGUCACGAUUUCAGGAAAUUUUUAGAUUUCGUUUAAAGAAAAAAAAGGACACUUCUUCCUUGUUUAUGUCUUAUUAACUCUUUGAUUCGAAAAGAAAAACUCGAAUGUAAUUUUAAAUGUUUAAAAAUUUCUUUCGACGCGAAAUAUAUGUCGUGACCCGAAUUCUCGCAGCAUAGGGGGCGCUGUACGUUUCGAGAAACGCGAGGAAAAAGAAAAAGGAAACGAAAAUCCAUGGAAGCAAUAUUCAAUGAUUCGUAACGAUCGAUUAUUGUAAAUUUCUGGAAACGAGAAAUGACGCGAGAAACGUAAUAUUCGCAACGUGGUAUUCCACCAACCAGGCUCCCUGCGAAAAAAAAUACCACCUCUUUUCUCUUUCUAACGUCGAAAAUGGAUCUCUGAAAAUGGAGGCAGAGAUCGUAUUUUCCGGAAUGGAGGGAAAGGAGUGACGCGUUUAUUUCAGCUGGUCUUAUUCGUAACGUGACAAGGGAAUGUAUAAUAUAAUGCGGACGAUUCGUUCGUUUCGUCACAAUCGAGAUUUCCGCAACGGGACCACGAACAGAUUGUAUUAAAUUUAUUAACGAGUGAAUCGUAGAAGAUAGCCUCUUUGGUGGAACACUACGUUCGAGGAUACGUUGUUCGAGAAAUAGAUCGUGGCCGGAAAAGUGUGUCUUUAGAACGUGAGCUCGGCGAAAUAUCGAAGGUUGUUAAAGCAUAUUUCAAUUAUGGAGGCGUUGUGAAGUAUUUUAUUACCAUCGCAAUAGCGUCAUAAUAGCGGACAUAAAACGUAAGCAGGUUCACAAAUUUGUUUGUCAAAUCGAUGUACUAGACCUUGAAUCGCUAAUGCAUUCUACACCACCCUCGACACCAAUUCUUCGAAUAUUCUUCCUCGUUUUUUAUCGAUGUUUCUUUAAAUACAUCACGUCGCAUUAGCGAUUCGAGAUCGAUCCAGACGGGUACGCGCCUCGACAAUCCAAUUAACAACGGAAAUUCAAUUAAUUCGACCUCUCGCGCUCCGACGUCCCAUCAAUUUUCUCCGCUUUACACACUCGUGAACGUGAAAUCUUCGAUAAGCGGACAGUGAAUAUGUAAAAAAAAAAAAAAAUCUCUUAGAUCUUCGUGCGCGAGAGUUUUGUAGAUCGCACAUCGUUAUGCUCAAAACGCAGCCAAAGAUCCAACCAAAUCGACCGCCAUUUAUUACGAUCGAUCGAUCCACACAUCACUUACGAGUGGAAAAUAUCUUUAUAUUUCUCUCUGGUUGUGUAAAAACAUGCGAGGAUAAGAUAGGGAUUCUCGACGAUCUUCCCAAAAGAUGCGAAAACACACUCCGUUUUUAUUUCUAUUUCGCGUGGAUCUAUUCGCCAAGAUGGCCGCCAUCCCAAUAAAACAAAGGAGCUCGUCGUCCCCAAAACAGCGUGCGCCAUGAGUUACUGCCAGCGAGACAUACCACGAGUUAAACACGCCUCGAUUACCUCGACGACCAAGAAAAAAAAAAGAAGAAGAGGAAACGACGAAUAGAAGGAGGAAAAGUGAGUCUAGUCAGCAUCGCUCGAAGACGAUGGCGUCGAUGAAAGAAAAAGGCCUAAGCGGGAAAGUUUUCGAUUCGGAAAACGCGAGUUCGUAUCAUUUGGAAUGCCGUUCGCCAUUUUGUCGAUGCACGCGCUGGAAACAAGAUGUCGCGUCACGUGACAUUUCUUUGAAUUCCAUUAAUCGCGAAGAAAUCGACUUUAAUUCGAUUUCUUUCCUCGUAAAAAAGAGAAUUUUAAUUUUCAAUAUGUAUCUCUUUCUUUCUUCUUUUUUUUUUUUCUGUAAAGCAAUUCUGCAGAAAGAACGUGUCGCGACAUCUAUGUUGUUAAGGCGCGAAAGUUUAAGUUUCGUUAGAGACUCGUUCGACGGUGUAGACGAUCGAAAUUUUUUUUACACACUCGCAAUUCGUUAUCAUCGUGGCGUACUUAAUGCGGACGUUAAGAUUGUUAUUGCAUUUACACGGUCGAACGUUCAGGGGGGUUCAAAAAAAAAAGUUGAUCUCAUCUCGACGGAUCUCACACAGCGGCGCGCUCGAAAUGGAGGAAAAUAUACAAAACGGAGGAACGAGUGGAACUGCGAAGCGGAAACGAACCGAAUUUAAUGCGUGCCUCGCACGAGAGACACGCGCUCGAACACACGCACACGAACAGACACGUGACCAGGGUUCCACAUCUCUCGUGAACCGCACAAUUUUACCCAUUCAACGAGUAAAUAAAACCGAUGGACACCUGAACUGCAGUCACGUUCCUCUGUGUUCGCACUGUUUCAUCUCCCUGACCUUACGAAAAAAAAGAAAAAGAAAAAAAAAAAAAAGAAAACGCUUAAAAAAAAAAGAAAAGAAAAGAAAAAAAAAACAAUUAAAAAUCUGAGUCUACACUUCUUUAUCUUGAGACUUUUAUUUAUACUAUACUAUACCAUUUUCUUCGUUCCACAAAUUUUUUUUUUUUACAGCUCCUACAAAAACCCUACAAAACAAGAUUUUGAAAUAUUACGUCCCUGGCCACGUGGCUGCGCCAUAAUAAGAAAAAGAAAAAAAUCGCUCGAAAUUUUAUUCUUCGAUCGGCGACGCUUCUUCGGGAAAAGGCAAAUCGUCGCGAGUGGGAUUGCAGAAGGAGAAAAAGAAAAGGAAAGAAACGAAGUAAAAAAAAAAAAA